CCCGGUGUCCCGAGUCCGGUGCCGGCCGUGCCGGGCGGCGGGCCGGGGGCGAUGGCCGAAGGGUGCCACGCGUCUCCGGUGUCUGCGGGCAGCGGGGCGAUGGCUCUGCUGGGGGCGUGGGCGGCGCUGGGGGGUCGCCCCGCGCCCUACGGCAAGGGCACGGAGCGGCUGCUGCCCGGGGCCGCCCGCCUGCCCGCCCGGGCCGCCUGGUGCCUGCAGGAGCUGCCCUCCCUCCUGCUGCCCGCGGCCCUGGCCGCCCUGGCCGCCCGACGCCCGGCGCCCGACGCCCACCGCCCUCACCGGCCCCUGCUCCUCGCCCUCUUCUGCGCCCACUACUUCCACAGGGCACUCAUUUACCCGUUCUUCACCAAGGGAAGACCUUUCCCAGUUAGGGUGACUAUAUCGGCCGCUCUCUUCUGUACUAUCAACGGCCUCCUUCAAGGGUACUACCUGACAUACUGUGCCGAAUACCCCGAUGAUUGGUACACUGACAUCCGAUUCGUGGCAGGUAUCGUGAUGUUUUUUUUGGGAAUGGGCGUCAAUAUUCACAGUGACCAUUUACUGCGUCAACUCAGAAAGCCUGGAGAAAUCACCUAUAAGAUUCCUCAAGGGGGAAUGUUCGCUUAUGUAUCUGGAGCCAACUUUUUGGGGGAGAUUGUGGAAUGGAUGGGCUUUGCCCUUGCUACCUGGUCCCUCCCUGCUUUGGCGUUCGCAUUUUUUUCCCUGUGCUUCCUUGGGAACAGAGCUUACCAUCAUCACAGGUUCUAUCUCGAGGUCUUUCCAAACUACCCGAAAUCCCGGAAAGCCCUGAUUCCUUUCAUCUUUUAAAAGCAGAAGUUCCUGAAUCUCCCAAGCCCUCAAAGUUCUUUUGAGCAUGAAGAUGAUACUGAGUCACUCCCUUUCUGCUCUGUAGUCACCCUGGGGAGGCCUCCCUGACUUCAUUUGCCCUCUCUGGAGGGCAAGAGGGCAUUUUGGGGGUUGGGGGGAGAGGUUCCAUAGCAACUUGAGGGUUUAAUUGCAUAGUUACUCAACUUCAUCCCUCAAUCAAUCCAUCAGAUUUAUCGAGCACUUACCAUGAGCAGAGCAUUGUGCUAAGCACUU